GGCCCAGGCCGACAACCUAUACCUGAAGCUCAAGCCGAAGUCAGGGGAAUCACCAUCAACUCCUUCCCCAAGCCGCAACCUCCCACAAAUCUCCGCCGGCCCUCCCCUUCCGACCCGCACAGGCCGCAGCAGAGCGCCAUGUCGUCCUCCCCUACCCCCGCGCCAGACGCCGGCGCCGCCGCGAUGGCCGUCGACGACUCGUCGGAGACCGACCAGCUCGACUCCAUGUCCACGGAGGACAUCGUCCGGGCCACCCGCCUCCUCGACAACGAGGUCCGCGUCCUCAAGGACGAGCUGCAGCGGAACAACCUGGAGCUCGAGAACGUCAAGGACAAGAUCAAGGAGAACCAAGAGAAGAUAAAGCUCAACAAGCAGCUGCCCUACCUCGUCGGCAACAUCGUCGAGAUAUUGGAAAUGAACCCUGAAGAUGAGGCUGAAGAGGAUGGCGCUAAUAUAGAUCUGGACUCACAGAGGAAAGGAAAAUGUGUUGUUCUUAAGACAUCCACAAGACAGACUAUAUUCCUUCCUGUGAUCGGGCUAGUUGACCCUGAUAACCUCAAGCCUGGUGAUUUGGUUGGAGUCAACAAGGACAGCUACUUGAUAUUAGACACGCUACCUUCGGAGUAUGACUCUCGAGUAAAGGCAAUGGAGGUAGAUGAAAAGCCUACGGAGGAUUAUAAUGACAUUGGUGGCCUUGAGAAAGAGAUUCAGGAACUUGUUGAAGCUAUAGUGUUGCCAAUGACACACAAGGAGCAAUUUCAGAAGUUGGGAAUCCGUCCCCCGAAAGGAGUUCUCUUAUAUGGACCACCUGGGACGGGAAAGACGUUGAUGGCUCGUGCAUGUGCUGCACAAACCAAUGCAACCUUUCUGAAACUUGCUGGUCCGCAGCUAGUCCAGAUGUUCAUCGGUGACGGGGCAAAGCUUGUCCGAGAUGCCUUUGAGCUGGCAAAGGAGAAGGCCCCCUGCAUCAUUUUUAUUGAUGAGAUUGAUGCAAUUGGAACAAAGCGUUUUGACAGUGAAGUGAGUGGUGACAGAGAAGUGCAACGAACUAUGUUGGAGUUGCUGAAUCAGCUAGAUGGAUUUAGCAGUGAUGAGAGGAUAAAGGUGAUAGCUGCAACCAAUCGUGCAGAUAUUCUCGAUCCUGCUUUACUCCGUUCUGGUCGCCUGGACAGAAAGAUUGAGUUCCCUCAUCCGACGGAAGAAGCAAGAGCUCGGAUUUUGCAAAUUCACUCAAGAAAGAUGAACGUACAUCCUGAUGUCAACUUUGAGGAGCUGGCUCGUUCAACUGAUGAUUUCAACGGUGCACAGCUGAAGGCUGUUUGUGUGGAAGCUGGCAUGCUUGCUCUACGCAGGGACGCUACAGAGGUGAUCCAUGAAGAUUUCAACGAAGGCAUUAUCCAAGUGCAAGCAAAGAAGAAGUCCAGCUUGAAUUAUUACGCUUAGUUUCCCUUGAGUAAUCAGAACGCUUGGUCCUGUGAUGACCGCUGUUUGUAACACUCGGCUACCGUUUUUAUUUGGAAUAUAGUUUAAUUCUCGAAUCCUUGUGAUUGUGUGAAGCACUCUUGCUUUGUGCCUGUACCCAAAGAGAUUAUUUCUAGCCAAUUGCUCUGUGCCGAAAAUGUUUACGGCUUGUUCAGGAUGCAUUAGCUAUAUUCCAAAUAAAAAUGGUAGGUUGGUGCCA